GUUGCCGUGGCGACACAGGAAAUCUCUCCAUGUAAUGGUUGAAUGUAGAACAGAAAUCUUUAAAACAUCGCUUUUAUUCUGAUACAGUAACGUUAACUGUUAGCAGGCUGAGUGGUCGAGGCGAUGUGUUUAUUGCUCGGUGCAACUGGAGUUGGGAAAACGCUUUUGCUGAAACGACUACAGAAUAUCCUUUACCAGCUGUUUAAAUAAGACAGACUGCCUCACUAAAUUUUAUAGUUUCUUAUUAUAAUUUCUCACCCACUAUCAAUGAAUAUGACUCCUUUAUUCUGGACUAACAGUUGUGUCAGAUGGAUGCGCAUGCGGAUUUGGGUGAAGCGCCCGUCACUCUUCCCACGGUCGGUACCAACCUCACAGACCUCAUAUUUCGGAGGAAGAAAAUAACAAUACGAGAGUUGGGAGGCUGUAUGGGGCCCAUUUGGCCAAAAUACUACUUAGAUUGCACAUCCGUUAUUUUUGUGGUGGACUGUGGCAACAUUGGCCAGAUUUCAUCGUCCUGCGUCCAGCUGCUGUCUGUUCUCUCUGCGGAGCCGCUUCACGCUGCCGCUGUGCUCAUACUCUUCAACAAGAGGGAUCUUCCGUGCACCAUGUCUCUUGUGGAGCUGAAGUCGUUGUUCAGGAUGGAUGACAUCAUUAGAACUGCGCCUCAGUCAAUCACAACACUAGAGAUCAGUGGGCGCUCGGGACAGGGCCUUCAGGAUGUGCUCGCCUGGCUGUUUCCAAACCGCUCGGAUACAUGAGAGAUGUGGAUGCAGAGCACUGGAGGCUAAUAUUAUAUCACAGGUCACAGUUAACAUCUGAUAAGUGUGACGUGAAGAUGUGUUUGUGAUUUCCAGUCAUCGCAGUGCUGCUGUGUUUCAGUAGCUCAACUCAGUCCCACGCCACAUGCUUGUGCAAACAUUCAUUUGAGGAACAGCCGUGGCAAAAUGUAGAACUGGUGGUCUUUUGACGACUCUCGUGACGUCCUGUGCUCUGGGGAAUAGUUAGUUUGAAGAAUCUCUGAGUGGUUCUUUUCCACACAAUGAAAGCAUAUUGUAACCAUGAUCCAAAGUGGUCAAAACACAACCAUUAAACACUUGGAUUAUUCCCUCCUCUGUAAGCUCUCAAAUCCAAUGUGUUCCACAGGAGAAAUGUCUUGAAAUGUUGUGAAUGCAUCCUAGGAUCAGUGGUGUAAAGUAUUUAAAGUCCCCCUGUAGUCAAUCAUUUUAUCCCUUAAAACUCAUCUUUGAUCACCAAAAUGACAUAUUUAAAAGUUUAUUUCCUUGAAAAAUGGAUUCAUGAUGGACUCCCUCAUUUUAUAAUUGUUGUCCCUGAGUUCAAUAUGCCCAACCCCCUUUUUCCUGAGCAUGUUAUUGGCCAAGACUUUCCGUCCCUGGAAAGAGCUUCUCAUCUAUUACAGUCCUCUAUAAUAAACAGUAGAUGGCAUCAUAGAGCCUGUUU